GGGCGGCUGCGAUCCGCCGCGGCCGGCGAUGGGAGAUGGAGGGAGCCGGCGGUGCGGCAGAAGCACUUGUGUGGGAUAAUGACAUAUCGGCUCAUGCCCAGAAUGUUGCCAAGGCCAAAUAUGAAUUUUUAUUUGGCUUGGAAGAAGAGAAGCCUUCAGGAAUGGGUAGUGGCCGUGGAAGCAACAGUUUGCCUCCUCAUACCAUCAUCAAUGAAUUUCCAGAGUAUGGUACUGUAGAGUCAAGCAGACAGGUGCCAACGGCUCCAUCGACGUGCCGGGCAGAGCCUGUAACACGCAGUCCAGAAAGCUGUGACAGUCACCACCACACCAGGCCUAUUCCUCAGCGGGCAGCUCCUGCAGAUAAUUUGAGGCCUGAUGCAGAGGCAGUGCAGCUUCACACUUCAGAAGAAGGUUUGCAACCUGCGGGUAAUCUCCCAGAGAUUGUAAAAAUCUCUCGACGGCUAGAAGCAAUAAAGGUGCAUGAAAGAGCAAAUACUUCUCCCAAUUCAGAAACACAAAUGGAAAAAAAGGGUGUUACUGGAGGCCAAAAUGUACAGGCAGCCAGAGAACGAGUUCCAGCAAGCCAAGAAGAACUCUCAGACGUGCUUCUUCCAUCUGAACGAACAGCAGAGGAAAAAAAGCAUUUGAUCAUAGAGAAAGAUCUGGCUUCAAUAUGGGCUGGAGAAAAGCAGUCCGAAUCCUCACAAGCCAUAAGUAAUAAAGCAGAGGAGGUCCACGCAGCUCAAGACCCAAGCUGUCACAAACCAUCUGUGACAAACCUGGGGUCAAUCAGCAGUGUGGAAAGGGGCACAUGUUUUGAGGAGUUUUCAGAGUACAGUCAAGACAAAAUGCAAACAAAUCCCGAGAGAAGGCUUGCUAAAGAAGCAACUGUGAGUAAACAUGUAGAAUUUCAAGGUGUUGAGAUCUUAUGGCUGCAAAAAGCUGAGGAGCAGAGAAGAAAGAAACACUCACUGCUGGACUCUGUGUCUGUGGAGAGGAAGGCAUUCCCCAAAACAUCCAGCCACCCUGUGUCACCAAUGGUCUCCCCAGGGUUGCUUUCCUUGCCAGACAGUGCAUGGAGUGAGGUUUGUGAAGACCCAAGGCUGGGACCCGCUGCCUCUGGAGCCACUCCUCUAGCAAUCCGUGAUGAAAGCAGGAAGGAUAAAGUUUCUGUGAAGGACAAGAAGAACUAUGGUGAGGUGGAGAUGGCUGUUCUUGCAAGAGGCCAGAACAGGAUGGUGGAGGAGGGGGAAGCAGCCACAGGAGGAUAUGAAGAUUUCCUUGGGCAGAGGCACUCUGACGUCUCCACUGAUCUGUACAGCUCACAGUUUGAAAACAUCCUAGACAAUGCAUCUUUGUACUACAGUGCGGAAUCGCUGGAGACAUUGUACUCGGAGCCUGAUAGCUACUUCAGCUUUGAGAUGCCACUCACUCCCAUGAUCCAGCAGCGCAUGAAGGAGGGUGGACAGUUUUUAGAUAGGACAUCAGCCUUGGGCCAGACAGAUGUCCCUGACAGGGAGCUGAAGGGACGUGGUGAAGGCAUCGCCAAUGGCUUAAGGGAUGCCAGUGAAAUACUCUUCAAAGGAGAUGUCGCGGAAGUCCCUCGUCUGGAAAGCAAUGUUAAACUACAGAAUGUGGUAUUAGACUCCAGUGCCACCAUGGGGAGCAAUGAACUUCAGGAGAAAGAUCCCACUGGAGCCCCUGGCCAUGAUCUCAGCAAUGGCAGCAGCAGCAAUUUGGAAGCAGCCAGGCGCCUGGCUAAGCGCCUCUACCAUCUGGACAGAUUCAAACGCUCUGAUGUGGCAAAACAUUUGGGCAAAAACAAUGAAUUCAGCAAGCUUGUGGCCGAAGAAUAUCUUAAAUUUUUUGACUUCACAGGCAUGACGCUGGACUGCUCGCUCAGGAGUUUCUUUAAAGCCUUUUCACUUAUUGGGGAAACUCAGGAACGAGAGAGAGUUUUAAUCCACUUUUCCAGCAGAUACUACCAGUGCAACCCGAAUGCAAUUUCUUCUCAAGAUGGGGUUCACUGUCUCACGUGUGCCAUGAUGCUGCUGAACACAGACCUGCAUGGCCACAACAUUGGGAAAAAGAUGACCUGCCAGGAGUUUGUUGCUAACCUCCAGGGGAUGAACAAUGGCAAAGACUUCCCGAGAGGGCUCUUGAAGGCCCUCUACAAUUCAAUCAAGAAUGAGAAGUUGGAAUGGGCAGUGGACGAAGAAGAGAAAAAAAAAUCUCACUCGGAUGGUACAGAUGAAAAGGAUAAUGGGAACCAGACAAAGGCUGUCAGUCGAAUUGGCAAUUCAAAUAACCCGUUCCUGGACAUCCCUCAUGACCCCAAUGCUGCGGUGUAUAAAACUGGAUUUCUGGCUCGGAAAAUCCAUGCAGAUAUGGAUGGAAAGAAAACUCCCCGGGGAAAACGAGGCUGGAAGACCUUUUAUGCUGUGCUGAAGGGAACAGUCCUGUACUUGCAGAAGGAUGAAUAUAAGCCAGAAAAGGCUUUGUCAGAGGAAGAUCUGAAGAAUGCAGUUAGUGUGCACCAUGCGCUGGCAUCCAAGGCAACGGACUAUGAGAAGAAACCCAAUGUCCUCAAGCUUAAAACAGCAGAUUGGAGAGUCCUGCUUUUCCAAGCCCAGAGCCAAGAAGAAAUGCAGACCUGGAUCAACAAGAUUAACUGUGUGGCUGCUGUCUUCUCUGCGCCACCAUUUCCAGCAGCCAUUGGUUCUCAGAAGAAGUUCAGUCGCCCACUCCUGCCAGCCACCACAACAAAGCUAUCUCAGGAUGAACAGUUGAAGUCCCAUGAAGCUAAGCUGAAGCAGAUCUCCACUGAGCUUGCUGAACAUCGCUCCUAUCCUCCUGACAAGAAGCUGAAAGGCAAGGAAGUAGAUGAUUACAAACUGAAGGACCACUAUCUGGAGUUUGAGAAAAAUCGCUAUGAGAUUUAUGUUGGCCUGCUGAAAGAAGGGGUGAAGGAGCUGCUGAGCGGAGGAGAGAAUGAUGCGCCAGGAUUGAAGAAAUCCCACUCAAGUCCUUCUUUGAAUCAGGAGUCUCCAGUUAGUGCCAAGGUGAAACGCAAUGUCUCGGAGAGGAAGGACUACAGGCCAGAAACACCCAGCAUUAAGCAGAAGGUCACUUAGGGUGGAAAUGACAACUAGGGGAACAGCCAUGCAGCAAAGUAUCAGUGGUCAAAAUUUUUUCAUUUAAUAACCUGUCAUUCACAGAAAAUAAGUGCAUCUGCCUGAAUGGGGUGUUAGUGACACUUUCUAUUGUAUAUUUUGCUGUUUCUGUGCAGAUUGUGGGAGAUGUCUUUGCUCCUGCUUUGCUUUGCUUUGUUAAUUUAUCAUUUAGCAAUUGAAGCAUUGGGACUUUUUUGUGUUGUUCUGUUUCUAAAGGAGCUGGGGAAGACACAGAGCGCUGUGACAUUUAUUCUGUCUCUUCCCCGUUUAUCUCCUCCCAUCGGCAUGUGGCUUUCAUCUCUCAAGUCACUUGUCACUUUAUUUACGUGGUGGGUGGGAAAAAUAACUGGACAAAUGCUGCAGUGCUGUGAAUGUGAGCUAUAGCUGUGAGAAAAGCUGUGCAAACGUGCAGCUGCAGAAGGCUGACUAGAGGCUAGGGUGCUGGGAACACUGGUUUCCUGACAAUAUGGAGCAUGUUGGUACUGGUACUUAGCAGCAGGUGGUACAGUACAUAGUCACUGUUGCUUAUUGUUACUGCAUUGACCCUGGACGCACGAGCGCAGAGGAAUGAAACCUGGAAACCUCUGGCAAUGCUGGGAUGAUGGCAUUGGAAUAAGUUGUUUGCUUCCUUCCAAGCAGAGAGCCUUCUCCUCAGUUUGCAGGCUGGAAUGCAUCCAAACCCCUGCUGUCUCUGCAGUCAGGAAGAUUAGGGAUUACCCAGUUGGAAUGACUGUCCUGGGCUUCACAUUAAUUUGCAGAAAAGGCUGCUGUAGAUGUCAGCCAUUAACAUUAUAUAUUAAUUAUAUAUUAAAGACAAAGGACCUCUGUGUAGUUUUUAACUAUACGCUCUCAUUUAGCUGCUAUAUAGAGCCUUAUGAUAUAGUGUGUCCUGUUGCUUCCCUUCCAGGGGUUUCCUUGUUGGUGUGCACAGAGAGCUGCUUUCAAUUACUCUCAUAAUGACAAAGCACUUUGCCUUUUUUCUUCAGAAAGGGAUUCUCCUCAGUUCUCCAUUUUCCUUCUUUAGCUCACAUACAGGUGGAAGAGGCUGGUGAUUCCUCACAGUUCCUGCAUACCCUGUGCCGGGCUUUCCAAGGGAAACACAGGACCGGGAGAGACCCCCAUGGGUAGAUCUUUUCAUACCUUAGAGGCCCCUGUUUGUGUCAUAGACCCUUGGGGUGGCCAGCAGUUUUCAGACACAGAGACCAGAAAGACGACAGAAAAAAUUUUCCUGCUUCCCAGCCUUGCUUGUCUGGGCGGUAUCAUGGCUCUGCAGAGAGUGCUGGCUCUCCUGUUGCCUGGGUUUUAAUCUCAGUUUUUAUACUGGCCCACAGGGUGAGCUUUGACAGUCUCCCCCUCUCAGGUCUCUCUUUUGUGUUGCCCUUUCCCUCUGUGAAGUAGUACAACCAAACUGGUCUUUCCCAGAGAGCACCUUGGGAGAUAAUGUUGAGGGCCAGUUGAAAAUUGCUCCUUGCUGUUCAUUCUGCUGUGCCUGGCACAGGACAGCCUUCUUGAUGAAUGAAAAUACUAAUGCAUAUAGAAACAUCAAGAUCAGUGCAAGGACUGUUUGGAAAUGCACUGGUAGUCAAAGGGCCACACAUCAAAACAAUUGCUAGCUGAGUGGAUUUGUGUUCUGUCAGGCUUCCCAAGUCAAUUCAUCUAGUUUAUUCAGCUGCUAGUCCAGUGGGCAGAACUGGAAGUGAUCAACGAGAAAGGCCCUUAACAGGCACUGGAUAAGCUGCCUCCCUUACCGAAUACCACCGUGCAACAACUUUCCUGGUGUUGUGCUGACUGUUGGCUGUAACAAUGAUGUUGCACUCUCAGAUGUGAGGUUUUGGAGAAAAUCAAUCCUUGCAGCUGCAGCCUGGUAGCAAAACCAGAUGAGACUGCUCACACAAGUGAUGUUGGGAUGCGCAUCCCAUCUGGCAUCUGCCACUGAGAGUGACAGCUCUGUGCUAGAAGUCAGGAGAUUGGCUCCUAACCUUGGCAACGUUGCUAAAAGCUGCAGAGUCCUGAGUAGAAAUUGGCAGUGCUUCGGCUUUAUGGUAACUGUACUAAGGUGGAGUACUAAGUGUCUUCUGCUGCUGGAGCAAAAGUGGUGUGGUGCAGCUUGUUGCCUGGGGAGACUCAGCAUAGAGAGAUGCAUGGUGGUGCUCACUGGGUGGGAUUGUUUGAGUAAUUAAGAGUGGCAGAUCAACAGCUCGUGGAGGAGUAACAAAGAUCCCUGCAGCUGUUUGUCAUGCUUUGGAGGCUGAAAACGAGCAAACAGAACAGAGAGAAGAAACUCAAUUGGGGAAUGCUGAAUGCACAUUUGGGAAGAAAACUUGAUCUCUCUGUUAUGAUUAAGGAGUGGUAUUCUCCAAUUUAGUCUUCCUUUUGAGACUCUCUAAACAACAUGGUCCUUGCUUGUUCCUUCCUUCCCCUCUACAUCCUUGCAGUGGGCUGGAGAGGAGAAUUGGAGGCAUAAAAGGCAAAGAUCACAGGCUGAGAUUACAAUUUACUGGGAAUGGCAAUGAGAUAAGAAAAGGAACAGUAAACAACAACAGUAUUAAUAACAGAACAUUCAAGAGUGCUCACCAUGCAUCCCCCAACAACGAGUCUUAGGUUGUCUUCCCCUGUUGCUGGAAAAUGACAUGAGGUGGUAUAGAAUAACCUUCAAGUCCAGGCCAUGCCCCUGCCUGGCUACUGCAAAAAUUAACCCUGUCCUGCCCAGAACCAGUGCAUUAUUUUAUAUAACAAUAGGAUAUGUACAGCAGAAACAAAACCCAAAAAAGGUGCAGAUCUGUAAAUGGCCCUGCUUGGCUGUCAGGGUUGGCUUGACUAGAUAAUCUUUUUGAAGGCAGGCUAGAACAUGCUUGGCAAACCUCUCGUGUUUAUGGAGUGCACUGCUUCAUAAGGCAAAGAGGUGACAUUUUAAUUUCUUCUUCCCUGGCUUUUAACAUAUUUUGGUUGCUGAAAAUUCCAGUUAAAUUGCUGAACUCAAAAAAAGUUACUCCUGUAAAAUGCAUUUUCUAGCUUUGAAACAGAAACUGGGUAAUUCUUCUUCAAAGUCAUUGCAGAAAAGGUGAUUUGAAGCAGUAGGAAAAAUCAGAAAGUGAACUGCAAAAAAGAUGUUUUUUCAUUAUUUAUUAUCUAUUCCCUUGUAUAUUUGUAAAUGGAUUAGGGUAAUUUUUUUUAGGUCUCAUCUGGGCAUAUCAAAUGCAGUUUUUCACUGCAUUUUUUAGUCAUUAAACAUUUGUUGAGCUUAGAGCAGUCUUGCUGAGACUGCUGAGGCAUGCAUGUUAGUUUACCCAGAAUUUAUAGUUUCUGCUCCAGUUUUAAUUAAUGCCAUUUUCUUCUGUUACUGUACAAUUUAUAAGCAUCCCAGGCAGCCGUGUAGAAAUGCAUGCUUUGGAGACCGAGAAAAAAAUAUGAACCUAUUGCGAAAGUCUUAAGACUCCUGCCCUCCCUUGGGAAUAGGUUCAUCUAUCAAUCAGUACUGUAAUUUGUUUUUUUCCCUCCUGACAUAAAGGGUGGGGCAGGUUCUCAGGCAGUCUAAGUGGUGUAUCUCCUUGAGUAGCACCACUGAGAGUCUGACCAGGUAGCUUUGCAUGGUACCCUGCAUCGCUGCCUUCCUUUGUUGCAAUGUUUCGGGGAGAUCAGUGCUUGACUACAGCAACUCAGGAGUUCUGGUUGCAGUAUGUAAGGACAUUCUGCUGGUUUCUAGCUCUCCUCUGGGAUUUGAGCUGCAAAUCCUUGGAGCAGCCUGCAGUUUUCUGGGUGUGCUCAGUGCAAGCAGGAGUUACUGGCUGGCUGCCAUAAGCAUGUGUGCAUGAGGGAGAACCUUUGCAUUGGUGACGCAGGGAGGUGUCAUCCUUUCUUGCCACCUUCCCUGCUCCACUGUGCUAUCAUUGCUCAGGUGAGGCCUCUCCCUGCAUGUAGAGUGCGGGGCUGCAGACUGAGGCAAACACUUCCUUGCUUCCCCUUUCUUAAGGUGCAGACAGUGGUUCUGGAGGGACCCACCCUGCUCUGAAGUGUUGCUGGCUUACUCAUCCUACAGGGGCUGAACCAUCUGCUAUCCCCAGCUAAGGAAGGAGAGAUAGGAAAGGGCCCCGCUAGUCUGCACCUGACAGCAGAGAGCUGAUGGAGAAGGAGAAAAUUGCCUUCCCCUCUCCCCACUGAGAAACCAAAGUGGGUGAGAUACUCUCCUGAAUCUGAAAGCACACUGUCCUCUAUGAGUCAGCAGGAUGCAGAGUACUGGUUGAGAUGGUUUUUGUUCAUCAGCAGCUGUGGAAGAGACUCCCUGGACUGGCUGUGUGUUCGUCUGCAUCUUGCAGAUAAAUUACACAUGAACCCGUGAACAUGACUGCAGCUUCUAAAUCCAGUAUUUAUGUUGUGUCUUUAGUUGAUGUUGAGAGAUAAGUCAGCCAGCAGAGUGAUUAAUGCGGCAGAGUUAUGCGGGAAUGCUGUUCAGCUCUGUUGCCGACUCAGAGUUUUUCAUCUGUAGUCAGUCACUCAUAAAUGGUUACCAGAAACUUUCUAAUGAUUAGUAACAGCUCAUCACUAAAAUACAUUCCCUCUAAUCCUGCCUGCUCCCAGGUUGCAAUCUGUCCCUGUUAAGGGGCUCUCCUGGGGAGCAGUGCUCCCCACAGCCCUGCUUUGAGGAAGAGUUUGUCCUAGCAGACCCCCAGGGACUGGAAUUGUUCAGUGGCUUUUCACAGCUCCAAUGCCUUUGGAUAACAAGGCUGGUUGCUCUUCUGGCUUGAAAAAACCAAAACUUCUGCCUUUCUCCAGUGGAGAAAUGAGGUUCUUGCUUGACUGGAGCAGGCCAUUCAGUGAAGACGUGGUGGAAGAAGUGGAGGAAGUCAGAGAUGACAAGGGUUAUAAUCAGGCUUCUUGUAGGCAUUGCGUGGCAAUGUUCUUGAAACCAGGAAAGGCUUUUCUCUGCAGAUGGCAUACUGCUUACUGUGUCUGCAUUCUCCAUUUUUAAAUAAAUUUUGGUCUUACUGCAGUUAGUCUGACAGCUCCUCCUCCUUUUCUGACAAGCUGCUCUUGUCUGUCAUCUUAGCAGCUCAGCUGCUUCUGUAUAACAGGUCUGUUUCCUUCCAUGCUUGCAGAAAUCCAGAAAAUUUGACUUUUCCAUCUUGCAUUGAGAAAACCAGCUCUGAAGCAGCGCUGCUUUGAAUGGGUAACCCUGUAAACAGCUUUUUCACUGUGCUUGUCAGUAGCCUAUGUUUCCAGCCGCAGUUAUAGCUGGGAUGUGCGAGACCAAGUUUUAGACUUUGCCGUGAUCCUCUAGUUGUAUGCUGCAGGGGUGCAAAGUCCCCUCUCCUGCACUUAGGCCAGACACUUGCAACAUUCCUACUCUUCCAGUACCCAGGUUGUUGAAAACACUGGCUGCUUCUGCGGGGUCAAAGGCAGUAUACACAUCUUAGGUCAAACAAUUCUAUAGCUUGCUGCUUGUUUAAAUUUUCUCCAGUAUUGCUCUCCCCAGGCUCUGGGACAUCACAUCUGCUCUGAGGGGGCAGUUAAGAAGUCCACAUUUUUUGUCAGAGCACAAUCACUGCUCUCCAGCAUGUGCUCUCAGCACAUGGUAUCUAGGCUGCCUAGAGGGAUGAACCAUAGAAACUGUCUCAGAAAGAGCUAGUCUGCAGCUUGUGCUUUUUAAAGGAUAUUUUUAGUGCAUAUAGAAGCAGUAUGUCUGGCCUCUCCUCUCCUCUCUCCCAGAGCUCUCCCAGCAGCAUAGGUAGCAUAGUGAGCUGCUUCACCUGGAGCUUCACUGUGGGGACCUGAGCUCCAGGAAGAUGCUUUGUCAGCCUUCAGAGAAAUGAUACCACCUGAGCUGAGCACAGGACAAUGAUGCUAUGGGAAGAAGCCACCCUCCAUGGCUGGUCACCUGCUGGAGACUGAGCUCUAGCAUUGCCCUCAGUGCUGGGAUAAUGAGAAACGCUGGCUCCCUUUUCCCUGUAGUCUGUGCUGCUUGAGGAACUGUCCUUACCACCUGCUGCUUUUCUUCCUUGUGACAGCAGCACCUUUAUCCAGGGAUCCAGGGGUACCACAGUCCCUUUGUGAGGAGACUGGUUUACAUGAGAGCAAGGAGGACAGGUCCUUAGAAGAAGUCUGAAUGCCAUCUGGGAGUAUCUGCUCUGCUGAUGGCAACAUACAGUUGAACACUGAAAGGAGGCAGGCCCAGCCUUGCCUGAGAGAAUGUCCCUUGCUCGUAUGUUUUGUCAGCUGCAUUAGGGUUGUGUUCUAGUUAUUUAUUAGAGCCUAUCCCUUACCCAGUGCAAGCAAGAACUUUGCCAAAGGUUGGACCAUUAACCUGACUUUGCCUUUGUGGUCAGAAGGAACAAAUUUAGGCUAGCCCAAAGUGUUCUCUCUUCCCUGCCUUUGAAUGCUUAAUUAUUCCAUAAAAAUUAUAGAUGUUUAAUCAUUGAGGAACCUCCCAUGGCAUCUGCUUUUAAAUCUGGGCUGGGAACCAGCUGGGGUACAGGCCUGAGAUUUAUUUGGACCAAUAAAGGUACAUCACUUAGCAAUGCAAGCAUUGAAAGUGCAGCAAGCAACAAGGGCAGGAUUUUUCUCUGACAUAACCCCCUGCAGUUAGUAGCCACUCUAGCAGUGGUCCUGUCUGUAACUCACCUAAAUGAGACCACUACAAGAAGAUACUUUUAGACAAAACAGGAGAGGUUUCAAGUUGAGCCGAUUGACUAUCAUGGUGUAGUGACAGAGCAGCUGUCAUGGAGAAUUGUUUGACACAAAAUCCUCCAACUGCCCUUAGCCUCUUGCUGGGAAGGGGGAGAUAAAUGCCAUUGAGUCUGUGUCAUGAGACAGGGCAAGCUCUACUGGUAAUGUAAGUCUUAACUCACACACUUAUGAAAAUCUCAUGCUCAGAGCUAUCAGAUUCUGAAAGACUGUAGGAUGAGAACAGGGGUGGGUUGUGGUUGGUUUUUUUUUAAAUUUGUACAUAUUCAUGACAACUGUGUCCUCUUACUUAAGUCUAGAAUUAUAAUUUGGCUAAAAGGACAGAGUUUUUUGGCUGUUUAAAAACUUUAAAAUCACUCCUCUGUGUGAGGUACACUCAGGCUUGCACUACUUGGUGAACAUGCUUAAAUAAUGCCUAUAUAUGUGUGUAUUUCGUAAGUAUAGUAUGACUUCUAUGGCUCAGUACUGCAAAGCCUGUUGUUCUUUUCUGAGGCUUAUCUGGUCAAAGCACUUCAGCAACGGCAAAUGUUGGUAGGAUGCUUCUUGUUCUAAUUGUUUUCAAAUGAGGUUAAACAGCUAUCAGAGCUUUUGCGGAUAUAAGGUUUACUUUGAGCUGCCUUGAUUUCAUGUACUGUCCACCAGGGGCUGCCUGUUCUGCAUGCUGAAUGCAAGGCAUAGAUUUGAGAGUCUAAACAAGAGUUAGUGGGUGGAAUUUUCUGCUAGCUUAACACUUGGCUUUCUCCCUGUUUUUAUAAGCCAAUGCUGGUACAAGGAGCAUCCAUGCUGACUUCUGAAAAUCAUACUCUGGGGAUCUAAUACACAGCUUUACUUCUGAAAACGUUGACCUUGCUCUGUGAAAAUUCAGCAAAGGGUCAUCAUGUCCAAAGUGUUCAAGAAGGACAGGUGCCUGUGAUGUCUCCUGCAGAUACAGCCGUACAGCAGUAGUGAGGGGGUUUAUUUUCUGCAACUGUACAGAUUUCCAGAAGAGUGGCUCAUCGGCAGGGAAAAGAAUUGCAGCAGGGCGGAAAUCUCUCUUAGGCAUCUCUAAUGCAUCCCAGAGGUUUCCCUUGGGAACAUUAAACAACGGUUGUUGGUCUGAAGAAAAAGACAUGGGAAAACCCAGUGGGUUUUCCUAUUGCGCUCUAGGGCAACAGUAGAGUGAUUUGCAUUAUUCUUGGAAAGAAAAAGCAAAAUCUGAGGGUGUGGUUCUUACAUGGAGUUAUAAAACUCUUUAUCAUGCAGUUGUGUUGAAGAACUUGAGCAACUUCAGUCAAACUAUGCCUUUGCACUUCACUGGACCACAGCCAGAGUGAUUAUGUCUUGCAGAACUGAGAUGUGCAUGAGCUGCAGCUCAGAAUGAAGUGAAGGGGAUCACCCUGUCACCUUGCUUUAGGCAAGCUAUAGUCCUGUAAUCUUCUUUCAGGCACUGGGCUUCUCCCUUGGGUUUCCUGCCCUUCAGGGUGAUGGGAAGAUGUGGGUUAACACCGUCAGUUUCAGAGUCACAAUUAAGAAGUGUCAUUUACCCUACACCUGAGCUGUUGCUAUGUUGUUUUCUCUUAGGCUGAGAAAGAGGACUGAAUUUUCAGUCAAUGUUGCUUGGUAGCCAUAUGGGAAGCAUAACUCUCAGCAGGGGUAGUGCAGAAGAACAUUUUGCACAUGUGUGUACAUACAUCUUAUACGUCUCUUGUGUGCGGAACUAACCUUCCAGGGCUUGACAGCAGUCCUUGCAAGACUUUCCUCUGGGUGCUCUCCUAUCGCUUUUGUGAUGUGUAGGAACCUUCUUUCUGGUAAGCUUGAAUUCAGUUUACUGUCAUCAUCACUGAAUUGCUGGAGUGUUUUUCAUGUAAUACACUAGAGACACGGUCCCAGUCUCACUGCUUUGUGGUAACUUCUUGGUCUGCUGUGAAGCAACAACAUUGAGGUAACCAUUAAAUAUUUUCCAGCAGCAUGGAACUUACUGUUCUGACUCUUGGGGAGGUCCUCAUCUCAGGUUUGAUGCUGUCCUACCACCAGGACACCCCAUUUUGUCCCUGGGAAUAGGCAUGGCCAGUGAAGCAGACUGUGUGGUUGGAGUCAGAGCUGUGCAGACUUAAGUCAAGCCCUGGUUCAGGGGAGAUUUUCCAUGUGCUGCUGAUAUCCAUAACGUAUACUUGCUUACACAGAGAUGCUUUCCUGAAGCAGAGUUGUCACUCUUUUCUACAGGUAUCACAGGAUGCCCUCCCUUAUUCUGCUUCAUGUAUCUGGUACUAGAAUGAUCAUUUCCUGAUAAAUGAAGGCACUUAAUCAGUCCUCUUCCCCUUGGAAGAAGGACUUUUGGGGAUAUUGUUAUAUCAUUUAAAAUAAUAUUUUGGAAUUUAAGUUUACAUUGCUUUAUUUUUCACUUGAGGUGACUGUAUAUAAAUAUUUUCCUCUAUUUUAUCAUUGCUGAUAAAGUAAGCCUACAGUAUACAGACAAAUAAUUUGCCUUUGAUGUAUUGAAACUGUGAGAUAUAAAGUAGACUUCUCUCUUGUGUCCAUGUUCCUGACUAUAACUCUGUUCCUCUGUGUUUUUAUAAGUUGGAAUAAUUGUUGCUUACGGGCAACAAAGAGCCUGCAAGCUUCCCAAUAAUUUUUAUGUCAUUGAACUCAAGCAACCCUAUUGAAGGAUCUCACAUAUGUAUAAUGAUAUAUGUAUAUGUACAAACUUUAGAAAGAAAUAAACCAAAUGUAUUUCA